CAUAUUUCAAGACAUGCAUCUACCUGCCUACCUGGUUUAUCUGAUAGAUUCUUCAUCUUACAUACGUACAUCACCUCACUUUACCCAACGCAUUCCAAUAUUAAAUAUUUCAAAUCUACUACCUACCUAAGUAUCCAGCAACCAUGACAACGACCAGGUCCGGUGCGAAAUCCGAGCCAGCUUCUAAGAAGGAGCAUGGUGAGGAAGCCGGCUCGAAGCACCAGCUCGAUACGAAAGGAUCUCCAGAACACAAGCGCUCGAAGAAGAAUGACGGCGACAAGAAACAGCAGACAAUCGAAGAUACUCUUCCGAGCCCCACUGAAGCCUACGGCGACAGCAAGAACCGAGCGUCGCCCGGCGGUAAUAAGAAUGGAGAGGACGAGAAGAGCGAAAAUGGCACAGACACUCGAGAGGAAUCAGAUCGCGUCGGCUCAGCCGAGCAAGAAGGAGCAAGGGAAGGCGUCGUCCCAUCUAACAUUCUAGAGAAAGGCAUCAUUUAUUUCUUCAUCCGUGGUAGGGUGGGUAUCGACGAACCGAGCAGCGUGGAUGACAUUCGUCGCAGCUACAUCGUUCUGCGACCGCUUAGUAAAGAUGCGAAGCUCGGUGAGGGUACGAUCGACGACGCUGGAAAUAGCCGCGUAAUCGCUAUUCCCAAAAAGGUGCUUCCCUUGAGUGGUAAGGAUAGGUGGAUCGCAUUCGUCGAGAAAUCCCACGCCUCGUUUCAAACGUUGAAGGAUGAGUUCAUCUCAGCUUCUGACUACGAAACCAAGACGGCUGGCGUGCGACACACGCCUGCUGCUACACCCAUAGCGGAGGGUAUCUAUGCUAUCACAACUACCGGGCGUGAGAGUCAUCUUGCGUAUAUGAUUACCUUGCCAGAGGAUCUCGGCGAAGUGCAGAAAGAGAUCGGUCUCAAAGAGAAGGGAAGCUUUAUUAUCAGCACCAGAAAUCCGCAAUAUGAAGCCCCGAAGGGCGUUUCAAUCCCCAAGGGCCCAGAUUAUCCUAAGGAAGUCCUAGACGAAUUCAGGGCCCUGCGAUGGUCCGGAACCCAACCCAAACACCUUGAUUACGUUAACACCCAAUUUCUCCUCGUCGGCGAAUCGAGCGGUAUCGAGAAAGCAACCGAGCCGCAGAAAGAACAAAAAGAGGGACAGGAGAAACCGAUAGAAGAGCUAGAGAAGUUGGAGGAUGAGGAUACCCACCGGAUGGAGAGCUUACAAGGAGACGACUCGGCGGCUAUCUUUGCGGAUCUGCAAGCAGGCGCUAAAGACUAUCCUAAAUUGCAGACCACGUUCUAAAGUUUCGAAUGCAAAAAGAAGAAAGAAAAUGUAAAUGUAGUUUCGUACGGAGGGAAAGGAGGGAAAUCGAUGUGACCAAUAGCAACAAGACAAUGAAAAUUCGACAUAGGCGGC